AUGCAAAAGUUCGCGGCACAAAUACAGGGGCGCGUGCGUCACGGUCGCCGGCGCGGGGACUCACUCCCGUUUCGCGCCUACGCAAGCGUCGAGCGGGAGCAUCGUUGCUACCCUGGGUCUUUAAACGAACCAGAUCUCCUGCGGAGUAUUCCGGCGCAGGGCGACGUUUCACAUCGGUGUAACGUUUUGCUCGGUUCCUACCAUGAACUUCGCGAGCGUGAUCGGAGACUAAACUACAAACUCUGUGGUUUCUCACCAUGGUGGUGGCAUGUGUGCAAUGUUGCGCUGCAUGCUACAUGUUGCGCGCUGGUCGCACGUACUGGUGCUUUAGUUGCACGGUUGCAGCGUCCGUUCGCCGCACUCGCUGCGUUGCUGUUCGCCGUACACCCUGUACAUACAGAAGCUGGUAUCAAUGUUAACUUUGUGACUGAACAACAAACAUCACUUCGAAGCGACUCAAACAAGAAAAAUAAAUUAUUAACCUCACUCCGGAAAGUUCAUUCACAUAUAAGAACCAGGAAAACAGAACUAGAUCCGGUUGGCAUGGCGGUUGAGCAACUGGCUGCCGCGCAGCUUGUAGCGGGUUCGAUACCCGAACGGAAUAACUCUUUGUGUGAUCCACUGAUAUAUCUUGUCAUAGUGCAGAUUGAGAUCCUUACUAGUAGAUAG